CAAGUUUAGAGUCUGGUCUAUAAUAUCUUUGGUCUGCUCACAUAUCAUCGUGCUAUUUCGGAUCGACCGGAUCGCCCUCUUCCUUGCGAGUUGGCGCUUUUUUGCCUCGUUUGAUUAACGACUCAUCAGCGAAAUCAACGAAUGCAUAACCGCGCGAUCACGCAUGGUAGUCGAUAUGAUGCAUAUCCAGUUACACCUUGAAAUACGAACUUUAAGAAAAUUAAGUGGAUAUGAUCAGAAGCUAGUCAGACAUGUUGUAGCAGGGUGUCAGACUAAUGAAUUCUUAAAGUUCGUUAAUUAUCAAUGGUUAAUGAUUUUACUUUUAUCUCCUUCAUUGUUUUUGUUAUUGUUGAUAACCUCCAAAAAUUAUGACGAAUCACUAAUUAUAAGUAUUCAAAGCGUUUCAAAGAAGAAACGCAGUAUAAUAGCCGCAGCGAGUAAAAAUAUACGUCACCCUUGUGUACGGCGAUGAAUUUUUAUCGAGAUCAAGUUCGUCGCGACCACGUGUUCAGGUACAAUUUCUUUGUAGUGAUGUGUGCCUGACGCGGUCCAUCGUGCCACGGGCCACAGCUUCUUCGGCACCCACGCUUGCGCGAGUUUGUGGUGAAACUCCCGCGGCUGUUAUUCUUGUACCUAUCGUCGUUUUAUAAUUAUAUUUAAUGAAUUGUUAAUCUUCGUAAUGGUGAAUUGCUUUGGUGGCAUGAAAAUUACCAUAAAGCGCAAGAAAGUAGUACAUUACGAUACAAGUGCGGGAAAGUAGAUUCUGGUCUCGUGUGACGUUUACGCUCGAGCGAAGCGAGGGUGGAAAAGCACACGAGACGAGAAACUCUUUCCCGAAUAUGUAUCAUACCGUAUUUUUUUAUACGACGUGUGGAAAGUGCGAUUUUCAACGCACGUUUUCUGCCAAAGGUGUGGGAAAGACGCACUUUGCACAGGGAGUGUCGAAAAGAAAAAAAUAAAUCCACGUGUGUAUUGGCAUGGUGGGAAAAAAAUUAAUUGAUAAGUGGCUCGACCUAUCGUUGAAAGCUCAGAGUUCUGUGAUGGCUACGUGGGUAAUGUCUUCUGUGCGGUACAUGUAAUUCGAUUCGUUCGCUCGGACUCGGAGGACGAUGACAAAUGUCAAUUUACUUCAGCAUGGUCAAAUUGUCACGCUCGGUUUGGGGGCUCUCUUCUAAUUUUGCUUCGAAUCAGUAUUUCUCACGACUUUUGGUAACACCAUGGACGAUGGCUUCCGAUUUGAGAUUGCUAAAUUUGUCUACCAAAGUUGCUAGCAAUACCCGUGAAGAUGAGAUAAUUAUCAGUGACAAUUGUGUGAAACGUUUGAAAGAAAUCACCGAAGGAAACACUUGUUUGAGGGUUAUUGUCGAAGGUGGAGGCUGCUCUGGUUUCCAGUAUAAAUUCAACUUGGAUAGUAGUAUAAAUGAUGAUGACAAAAUUUUCCAGAAAGAUGGAGCUAAGAUUGUUAUAGACUCUACUUCCUUGGAGUAUAUUAAAGGUGCAACUAUAGACUAUCAUACAGAAUUAAUUCGUUCUGCAUUCAGAAUUACGAAUAAUCCUCUAGCAGAGCAGGGUUGCAGUUGUGGUGCAAGUUUUGCAAUAAAACUAGACUGAAUGCUGAAUAGAACCAGUUAGGAUUACUAUUUAAUUAUCUAAAUAUGUGAUAUGUAAAAUAUUACAAUCACAAUUUAAGUUUAAAAUUUUUAAUUAACAAACAAGACAAACAGUUUUAUAUGUACAUAUUCAACACUCAAAUAAUGAGUGCUAAAUUUAUUUAGAAUUCAUACAUAACGCAACACCAAGUCAAAAAGCUCUUAGCUACUAUUGCAGUUAGGAGCACAUUGAAAUUCGAUAUCGUGGUCAAAAUAUUUACAAAAAGUGGAGAAUUCCUUGUAGAGCUUGCUACAUUGUGAAAUGUGUUAGAUCAUUGAUGUGGAUUGUAAUUAGAACAAGCUUAUUUUCCUCUUUUACCAUUCUGAAAAUUAUAAAUAGUAUCAAAAUUAUUUAUUAGAAAUAUGUACAUCCUUGUAAUAAGUAUAAUAAAUGUUAGUUGUCCAUU